GAAAUGUAUUAAGGGGAGAGAGAAUCAUCUGUUAUUAUUCUCCAUUCAAUUGGCGAAAUAAGAUCUUCCCCUUCUUUCUUUGAUCUGUAUUUAAACAAACUACACUUUAUAUAAUCCAUAAUUCAAGGAACACAAAGGUUAAAUUUGACAUAGCUAAUUUUUAAAUUUAAAAGCAGCCAUCUUUUCUCUUUUUUUCCCCCUUCCCUCUCUCUUUUUCUCUCUACAAACAAAAUGCAAGAAGACAUUUCAGAUAGAAUUACAGCUGCUCGUAGAGAGGCCGAUAUUUUAAAAGAGAGAAUAAAGCAAAGAAAGGAGGCAUUGGCUGAUACAACUUUGAAAAAAAUGGCACAGGAUAUUGAGUCAUUACCAAGACUUGUAAUGAAAGUGAGACGCAAUUUACGUGGACAUUUAGCCAAAAUAUAUGCUAUGCAUUGGUCUAAUGACAGUCAACAUCUUGUAUCAGCCUCACAGGACGGGAAACUCAUUGUCUGGAACGCAUAUUCGACCAAUAAAGUACACUGUAUUCCACUUCGGUCUGCGUGGGUUAUGACGACAGCUUAUUCACCUUCUGGUAACUUUGUUGCCUGUGGUGGCCUCGACAAUAUCUGUUCAAUUUACAACCUCAACUCGCGCGAUGGACCUAGUCGACCCGCCAGAGAAUUAUCUGCUCAUGUUGGAUAUCUUAGUUGUUGUCGAUUCUUAGAUGACCGCCAUAUCUUGACCAGCUCAGGUGACAUGACUUGUUUCUUGUGGGAUAUUGAUGCAGGUGUGAAGACGCAUGAAUUUACCGACCACCAAGGUGAUGUGAUGAGUGUGUCCAUUAGUCCUUCAGAUCCAAAUAUUUUUGUUUCGGGUGCAUGCGAUUCAACUGCUAAGAUUUGGGAUAUCAGAAUAAGAAAAUGUGUGCAGACCUUCCUUGGCCAUGAGAGCGAUAUCAACUCUGUACAGUUUUUCCCUAAUGGUAUGGCUAUUGGUACAGGAUCUGACGAUGCAAGUUGUCGUCUAUUUGAUUUACGAGCAGACAGAGAAUUAAAUACAUAUGCCAAAGAAGACAUUCUACACGGCAUUACCUCUGUGGCAUUCUCCGCUUCUGGGAGACUCUUGUUCGGUGGUUACGAUGAUUACAGUACACAUGUCUGGGAUACACUCAAGGGUGACCGUGUAGGCAUUUUAUCCGGGCACGAAAAUAGAGUCUCAUGUCUUGGGGUAUCCAAAGAUGGUAUGGCGCUAUGUACAGGUAGUUGGGAUAGCUUACUUAAAGUAUGGGCAUAAAUCAUUAUUUAUUUUAUACCGUCAGUACGGUUGGUUUUAUCGGAUUUUGAAUCUAUUGUCGGUGGUUUAAAAAGUUUGGGAAAAUCACUUUUCAUUUAACUGUACAGUUUUUUAAGACUAAAGUAAAAUUAAAACUCAGGCGUUAUGCUUAUCUUUUUAUGGACGAAAUGAGAAUAGAAUUCAGGCAAGGGAAAUUAGAGCUUUAUGUUCAAACUUCUUACCUUUAAAAGUCUUAAUUCUACAAAGAAGAAAAUCGUACAGUUACCCCAUUCGACUUCAGAUGUGGUCAAUGCUCUCUGAGCCACCCUUUUUUAUUCGUAGUUUUAAACUGAUAACAAUAAAAUACAAAUUUAAGUUUUAUUUACUCAGAAUCAUCAGCUUCAAACACAGCACUUUUUCACUUGUUUCCACUGGAGGGCGAAAGGAAUACUUUUUGAGGGGUG